AUGAUAACAUCUAAACCUGAAAGUGUUCUUGUUUGGAUGGCGAACCGUGGAAGUUAUGUAGAAAGCAUGCCAGGAACAAUACUUCGAAUUAAGAAUGCUUCGAAAUUCGGAGAAAAUCUCUACGGAUUCAAAGAUCAGCCUGGUGAGCUUGUGGACCUCAAAUGGGAUUCUCUCUUCAAGUUGCGACCAACACAUGUUGAAAUUGAUUUCGGAAAAAAUCCUUGCGAUUCAUUGGUUAACGUACUGGAAGAAAAUUAUGAGGAUGAGCAAAUACGUGAAUUCUUCGAAAGAGUGAAAGCAAUGUCUCUGCACAUGACUGACAUUUCAGCGGACAGUCUACUAAAACUUAUGAAUAAGUUUACUUUACUUGCCGCAUUCUCUUUCUCUGAAACUAAAUUCUCAGUAUCUGAGUGGUCUAUUAUCCUUAAACGACUAUCAGAACUAAACUUACGAGGAAUCGAAAUUGCUGACAAUAUUCUGGAUGAAGUUCGACAAAAUUUAGAUAUUUCUCUGAUGAAGUUGUCUGGAAACCCUGGAGUUGACGUGAAUGAGUUCAAAAAAGGAAUUGAAUUUGUGACAGUGAAAGUACUUGCUGUACAAGAAUUGAAAUUUCUGGGAGAGACGGAUGCUGAACAGCUUCUCGAAGUUCUUCCACAGUCAUUCCCUCGCCUUCAAACACUCAUUUGGGAUUGGAACGUCGUUGAUCCAGAAUUAAAUUUUGAUGAUAGAACCAAAAACAUCUUGAAACAGCUUCUUGAUGUUAAUCAGAGACUGAAUCUGGGAGCACUUGCAGUUGUUGCAUAUACACCAAACCCGGAAACGAAGGCAUCAAUUGAAGGAGUAGCGAGAACACUGAAAGAAUCAAUAAAAGAAGUUCAGUUGCAUCAAUUCGCUACGAAAGGACUUUCAGAUGGAAUGGCCAAUUUCUCAUUGAUCGUAGCCGGAAAGAAUGAAAAAGUUUUGAAAGAACUUGUUGAAAUGUACGUAGUGGAUCGUUCAACAAUACCGCCUAUGGGAAAGUUACUCCGACUUUGCGAGGAAGACAUUGUUCCGAUAUACCCCGCAAUAACGAUGGAUUUUGGAGGAUUCGAUAAAACUCGAAUUCGCCAAUUAUACACAAAUCCGUCCGAUUAA